CUUCGUGCAGAACGUCCAUCUCUGCCCUCGUCUGGCGGGAGCGAUUGCGCAGUAACACCUCUCGUAUCCUUCUCCAGAGAUCCGUAUAGUAAAUCAGCUCGUAUAUAUCGAGCCUCGUGUCAUGCCAACAACCAUCUUCACGUUUGUUCGACACGGGGAGUCAAUGGAUAACCUAGUACGAUUCUGUCGUUUAGAGUUAGAGAAACGCACCCGACCCCAUGCUAUAGAAACAAGUAUGGGCGGGGUGGAAGGAGUCAUCUUUGUCGAAUCAUGGCAUGAACCAAGCAAACGCCCUCGCAACCUCCUUCGCCAACGAGAAGUUCACAGCUAUCCUAACUUCGCCCCUAAACCGCGCCCUCUCGACUGCUUCAGCAAUUCACGACAGGCAAGCGCCGCCAAGGCCGCCGAUCAUACAGAACGACUUGCUCAAAGAGCAACACUUUGGAGAGGGCGAGGGUAAGCCGUACACUGCGGCACGCACUGGCAAGACGGGCACGACACCUGCUUCGAAUGAAAAGCAGGACAGGUCGUCUAAGCUGCAAGACGGGACGUACGCGCGCAAUAGGGGCGACGACGAGAGGUUUCCGGGAGGAGAAAGUCGGAGGGAGGUGCGGGAGCGGGCGGACAAGACGGUUGAGGAGCUAUUGCUGCCGUAUAUCGGGCUGGAGGAGGAGAGUGAGCGACCGACGCACAUAUUGGUGGUCAGCCAUGGGAUCUAUAUCCGACAUCUGGUGGGCGCGUUGGUGAAGCGAGGAACGCUAGCGAAGGCGUCGACGGAGCGCAUAACGCUGCAUAAUACGGGGUGGGUGAGGGUGGUUGUGGAAAAGGAGGGCGACAAGUUGACCAUGAGUAUCACUGAGGUGAACCGACACGACCAUUUGAAUAGUCUGGUUCGCCAGAAAGGUGGUAUCGGAAGCUCUGCGCAUGAUCCUCGACAGAAAGACCUUCGUGCGUUCUUUGGUGGGGGUAAGGCUCGCACGGCCUCGGCACAGAAGAGGUCAGAGCGCAGGUAGUAGCAGGAACAUGAUGAGGAAGUUGGGGUUGGACAUAUAUUAUUGCAGCCGAAAGCACGCAUACGUAUAAUAUAGCACUGGACUGGAUCAUAUGAGCACGAAACAAAACAGAAAAUUAAUGUCGCAC